GUGGCGUAGGGCGCUCUCCGUUGCUGGGCUCCGCGGAGGCGCCGGGCGGCUCCCGCCUCCCCGGGCCAUGCUCCCGCCCUGAGCAUGGGCGCCAGCGGCUCCAAGGCCCGCGGCCUCUGGCCCUUCGCGUCCCCCGGGCCGGGCGGUGCCGCGGGCCCCGGCGGGGAGCAGGCCCUGGCUCGGGCGCGCGGCUGCCGCAGCGCUACCCCAUUCGUCUUCACCCGCCGCGGCUCCAUGUAUUAUGAUGAGGAUGGGGAUCUCGCCCAUGAAUUCUAUGAGGAGACAAUUGUCACCAAGAAUGGGAGAAAGCGCGCCAAACUGAAAAGGAUCCACAAGAACCUGAUACCUCAGGGUAUAGUGAAACUGGAGCACCCUCGCAUUCACGUGGACUUCCCCGUUAUCAUCUGUGAGGUCUGAGCUGCGGGGGGAGCGUGAGUUGCUGCUGUGUGCUGUCAGUGCAUCCGACCUGCCCAGCCUUACUGCACCUAAUGUAACCACACAAGGCUGCCUUGUGUCCCUGAACCACAAUGGACUGCAAGCACAGAUGCACAUACUCUUGACUUUAGAGCUCCUCUUGCCUGGAGGAGGAGAAUGAGAUGGGGUGGUGCAGAAUCGGCUAGUUACCUGGAAUAGAAUUGGCUAGGGAUCUGUUCACAAGUCAGACAAGACAUGUGAACUUGUUUAGCAACAUGCUUAACAAUACCCUCGACUGAGUCAGAAGAUUGAAAUCCUUCUCGUGGCUGCCGUCAGAUGUUUGGAUGGAUCACUGAACUGCCUGUGACACUCGUGUUUGAGGUUUUAAAGGGAGAGCCAUCCUGCAUCUCUCGCCGAACAAAAUCCCUGCUUCGCAGGUACCUGCCCCAGGUAGAGUUGAGGUCAAUUAAUUCACCUCUUUGGGGCUAGGGGCAGACCCCUAAUGCCCCUUCCCUACGAAGUGGUGAUGAAUAAAAGGGUAGUAGUGUAGUUUAUUCUUUGUGGGGGGUUGGUUAUGCAGUACUGUCCCCAAGUUGGUCUGGGAAUGGAGUGUAAAUGGGGCGGUCUGAGGUGAAGCUAAUCUCGAGAACCCCACUGAAACAGAGUAGCACUUCUCGGGAAGGUAGGAGACCAGAUUUCAUUGCAUCAGACCUCAGUCUCCUCUUUUAUAUGGCCCCCUCCCGUGCUCAGCGUUAUUUUGUACUUCCUAGCGAUAUGGCUCGUCUGGUCCCCAGAAGCCUUUCCAAUGGCUCUAGAUACCCCGGCUCAGUUGUUGGUGUUCAGACCUCUCCGAAAAUCCAUUGGCCACUGGUGGCGCUGUGCAGAGC